AUGGGCAGAACAGAAAAAUCCCAGGGUCUUGCCCCACCCGCCAUCAGGAAAGACAUGAGAGCAAAACAGGCGCGCCAUAUUGUUAACAAAGUCGUACCAGCGACGUUAGCAUCGAAUGCAAGAGCAAGGAGAGGUGCAGAGGAUAGCGAGUUGAUUGUUGACCCUGGGCCUGCAGUAGCUUUUGUAAAGGGUGAGGUUAAGGAUGAAGUUGAUGGUGGCGAGGACGCAGGGUAUGUUAAGAGAAGGGGCCAGGGGCGCCGGAAAGCUAAGGGCGGCGGUGGUGAAGAGGUUUUUGAUUUUAGAGAUGGAAAUACAAGUAGAGGCAAGGGACGAAGGAAGAGCAUGAGGAAGACUGAUUCGCUCGACGAGGCGUUGUCAAAUCUGAGCGUAACAUCUGCACCGCCACCACCAUCACCAGACAGAGACCGCAGGAUCCGAAUAAUAUCGACUGAUACCCUCACAGCUGCACAUAUGCUCACCUUCUCGUCACAGUAUAGUAACACCGAGGCAAACCCGAGCAAGAAGGCCCCUAAUGUCUGCAUCCUCAACAUGGCCUCUCCCCUUCGUCCAGUUCUACAUGGCGGCGUACUCACUGGCGCGACAUCGCAAGAAGAAACCCUCUGCACACGUACAACGCUACUUCCAUCGCUCAAAGAGUCCUUCUACCGUCUCCCUGAGCUCGGCGGCAUUUGGACAUCGGACGUGCUCGUUCUAGGGUCUCAUCUCCCUCUCGACAAUAGCAAGGGCGAACUAGGGCCUAGUGAGAAGUAUUGGAUUGAUGUCAUAUCAGCGGGCAUGCUUCGAUUCCCGGACUUGGAGGACGACGGAGCUGGGGCGAAGCGGUUGGGGCGUAAGGAUGCGGAGAUGGUGGAGGCGAAGAUGCGUGCGGUGCUUCGCAUCGCUGCGAGCAAGGGGGCGAAGAAGCUGGUCCUUGGUGCAUGGGGUUGCGGUGCUUAUGCCAAUCCCGUCCCAGAUGUUGCGAGGGCGUGGAGGAAGGUCCUCGACGGUGCAACCAACCCUACUAGUAGCAAAGGCAAAGGCACUCUGGGAAGGGAGACUUGGCCUGAAGUUGAGGCUGUCAUCUUCGCCAUCAGCAACCGCAAAAUGGCGGUAGACUUUGCCCAAGCAUUUGGAAACGAUAUUGAAGUCGAAGCCGGCCCUGGAAACACUACGGAGGAGGAAGAUGAGGAGGUGGAGGAGGAAGACAAAGAAGCCGAAGAGUUACGAACUCGGAUCCAGGAGAUGGAGGGUCAGUUGAGCAAAGUCUGGAAUCCAGAUCUCAGGUCGAGAAUGGGUGUCAUUCUCGAAACGCUGAAAGCGCAGCUCCGCGAGCGAGGCGGUGCCACUGGUAACGAAGACGAAAUCAUGGGGCGUACAGCUCUACCUACAAAUGAGGAUGCAAGGUCAAGCGCAUACGAUGAACAGGGAAUGACUGCUAUUAGCAGUCAGGCAGACGUUGGAAGCGACGAUGACGAAGAGGAAGAUGACGGAGGCGAAGGGAAAGAUCUUAACGGUUGA